AUGCAAAAAAACAUUAAAUCUCCUUUAAAUGAAGAAGAAUUAAAAAGUGUUGUAUUAUAUUGUCCUAUUACUUGUGUGUUUGACCUUUUGUUUGUAAACAAAAAAAUAAAAAAGGCUAUUCAAGAAGCACCAAGAAAUCCACAUAAAAAUUUUUUUUUAUGUAAAAAAGAAGUAAAAUUAUUUUGUAAAACAGAUUUGUUAAGAGGUGGAAUGAAUGAGUUAAUUCAUACUCUUAGUGAUAAAAAAUGGAAAAAAAGAACAUUACAAUAUGCAUCUUUUGAUGUUUCAUUUAGUACUUGGCAUGAUUAUAAUAAAAAUAAAUUUUAUCAUUUGAUUGCUAAAGAUGUUGUUUCAUUAACAUUAAAAGAAACAGACAUAGAUACUUUAUUAAUUAUUUUAAGAGAGUCAAGCAAUCUUAAAAAACUAUCAGUACCACUAGGCUUAUUUAAUAAAAUUAAUAUAAAUUAUCCAAUAGAACAUCUUUUUAAUCAUUUUUCUUUAAAACAAUUAAUUCUAACUGAUGUUGAUUUAAAUGGUUCAAUGAUAUCACCACUUUAUUCAUACAUUGAAAAAUGCAAUUCUAUUCAAAUUAUUCUUAAAUGUAUUUCAUUUAAUUUUAAAGUCAUUCAAGAAUUAUCCUUACAGCCAAAUAUUUUAUGUUGUUUAUAUUCUUUAAAAGAACUAAACUCUCAUGUAUUUCCAUUAGUAUUACAAAAAAAGGUUAUUUUAUUUUGCCCAUUUCCAUCUCAAUUAAAUAAAUUUAAAGAAUUUUCUUUAUUAACAAAUUUAUAUUUACCAUACAUUAUUUCAGAAGAAUUAUUUGAUACAACAAGAUUAAUCUUUAAAGGAAUUUUUAAACAAAACAUUAAUUCAAUGAAAUUAAUUCAAUACUUCACUUAUGAAGAAACGUCUAUAUUAAAAAAAGCAAAAGUUAUAGACUUGUCUAGUUUAAAUCUUCUUGGAUUAACACUGAUUGGUCAUAAAACAAAAAGAAAAAUUAAUCUUCCUAUUUCAUUAAAAGAAUUAAAAGUUGUAAAUUUUUGUGAUAUUGAUUCUUUUAUUUCUCCAAUUGGAAUUAAUGGUCUUCGAACUUUUACUUCUUUAACUCGACUUGAUGUAGAUGGGGUUGAAGGAAUUGUUAACCCACCUCAUUCAUUACAUGAAUUUACAGCUUCAAAUUGUUCUGUUGGAAAAAUUCAAACUAAAAAUAUAAAAUGUUUAUACUCUUUAAUAUUAACUAGAGUAAAACUAGAAGAAUUAAUAAUUUUUGAAAAGUUAGAUCAGAUUCAACUCUCUUCUGUUACAGGAAUUCGAUGUGUCGAUUAUAAGAACGAUUGUUAUUCCUUCAUAUUAAAGGAAGAUAAAAAAUAA